UGAUCCGAGCCGCCUAUCGGUUCGCGGGCGGCCAGCAGCGCCCAUCUCGAGCACCAAACUCCGGGCCGGGUUUUGCGCUCAGCCGCGGCGCUCCAGUCCCCAGUGGUAAUAGAAUAGCCCAUGUAAUUUGACACUUCAACUCGCUUGAGCUCCGCCGGAGUCUCCCCACUCUGCUCGCGGCUGACGUUGAGCCGUUGGCGGGGACACAAUUGACAAACAAGAGGCGACGAUCAGCGAGGACUUUUGUCUGUUUCCCCCGCCGGACCAGAAAACUCGGGGUCCUGGGGGUGUUUCUCCUGCCGCUGUGUGGAUGGGUGGGGGGGGUCUUCCGAGGAGAAGAGUCGAGGAUUCACGUCAACAAAGUUUAAUGGGCGGCCGGUAGAGCGGCAGGAGGCCACCGAGGGACAAUCGACAUGAACUCCAUCCCGUCCAUGGACAGACACAUACAGCAGACCAAUGACCGGCUGCAGUGUAUCAAACAGCACUUACAAAAUCCCUCCAAUUUCCAAACGGCGGCGACGGAGCUGUUGGACUGGUGCGGCGACCCGCGAGCCUUCCAGCGGCCUUUUGAGCAAAGCCUGAUGGGAUGUCUGACGGUGGUGAGCCGCGUGGCGGCGCAGCAGGGCUUCGACUUGGACCUGGGCUACCGACUGCUGGCCGUCUGCGCCGCCAACCGGGACAAGUUCACGCCAAAGUCGGCAGCUCUUCUGUCGUCGUGGUGCGAAGAACUGGGACGCCUCCUGCUGCUGCGCCACCAAAAGAACCGACAGAACGAGCCCCCGGGGAAAGUGCCCAUGCAGGCCCCCAUGAGCUCCAUGAAGCCCGGUCUCUCGCACGGAGAUGGGUCUUUUCCCUACGACUCGGUUCCCUGGCAACAGAACACCAAUCAGCCUCCGGGUUCUCUGUCGGUGGUGACCACCGUCUGGGGCGUCACCAACACCUCGCAGAGCCAGGUUUUGGGCAAUCCCCUGACCAACAGCAACAAUCCCAUGAACCCCGGCGGCAACCCGAUGGCUUCGGGGAUGUCCGCCAACAAUCCUGGGAUGAACCCCUCUCACUUCGGCGGCCCUCAGCAGCAGUUCCCCAGCAAAGGCAACGCCAACCAGGCCUACAUGCAGCAGGGCAUGUACGGCCGGCCCAAUUACCCCCCAGGAGGCGGCUUUGGCGGCAACUACCCCGGAGGCCCCAACGCUGGACCCGGAGGCCUGGGCAUGCCUCCGCACUCGCGUCCUCCUUCAGACUUCACCCAACCCGCGGCGGCAGCCGCCGCCGCUGCUGUUGCCGCCGCCGCCGCCACGGCGACCGCCACCGCCACCGCCACUGUCGCCGCUCUGCAGGAGACUCAGAACAAGGACAUGAACCAAUACGGACCAAUGAGUUCCUCUUUCCAGAUGGGACCCAACCAGGCCUACAAUAGCCAGUUUAUGAACCAGCCGGGACCGCGCGGACCCCCGUCCCACCCCGGGAACAUGGGCUCCGGCAUGAACGCAUCCAACAUGAGCGGCCCCCCGAUGGCGAUGAACCAGCCCAGGGGCCAAGGCAUGGGACCCUUUGGAGGUCACGGCCAAAGGGUGCCCCAGCAAGGCUAUGCGGGACCGCGACCUCAAGGCAUGCCUAUGCAGGGGAUGAAAAGGCCCUAUCCGGGGGAGCCGAACUACGGGGGGCAGCAGUAUGGACCAAACAGCCAGUUCCCCAGCCAGCAGGGCCAGUACCCGACACCCAACGCUUCCAGGCCGCUGCCCUCCAGCAACUACCCCGGGCAACGGAUGCCCGGGCAGCAGCUCCAGUCCCAAUACCCGCCCCCUAGUGGCCCCAUGGGCCAAUAUUAUAAGCAAGAGCCGCCUUUUAACGGCCAAACGGCAAACUUUUCCGGGAGCGGUUAUCAGUACAGCCAGGGUAAUAUGAAUGGGCCGUCCAGACCGAUGGGCAACUACCCCCACUCCCCAGUGCCGGGCAAUCCCACCCCUCCAAUGACCCCGGGAAGCAACAUCCCUCCGUAUUUAUCACCCAGUCAGGAUGUGAAGCCUCCCUUUCCUCCCGACAUCAAACCAAAUAUCGCCGCUCUUCCUCCACCGCCCGGCAACCACAACGAGGAGCUGCGGCUCACCUUCCCGGUGCGCGACGGCGUGGUGCUGGAGCCCUUCAGGCUGGAGCAUAACCUAGCAGUCAGCAAUCACGUCUUCCACUUACGACCCUCGGUGCACCAGACACUUAUGUGGAGGUCGGACCUCGAGCUGCAGUUCAAGUGCUACCACCACGAGGACCGGCAGAUGAACACCAACUGGCCGGCGUCGGUGCAGGUCAGCGUCAACGCCACCCCGCUCACCAUCGAGCGCGGCGACAACAAGACCUCCCACAAGCCCUUGCACCUCAAGCACGUCUGCCAACCAGGCAGGAACACCAUCCAGAUCACCGUCACGGCCUGUUGCUGUUCGCAUUUGUUCGUGCUGCAGCUGGUCCACAGGCCAUCGGUGCGUUCCGUCCUCCAAGGUUUACUGAAGAAGAGGCUCCUACCAGCUGAGCACUGCAUCACCAAAGUCAAGAGGAACUUCAGCAGCGUGGCGUCGUCUUCGGGCAACGCGGGCCUCAACGGCGAGGACGGCGUGGAGCAGACGGCCAUCAAGGUGUCGCUCAAGUGUCCCAUCACCUUCCGGCGAAUCCAGCUGCCAGCCAGGGGCCACGACUGCAAGCACGUUCAGUGUUUCGACUUGGAAUCGUAUCUACAGCUGAACUGUGAGCGGGGCACGUGGCGAUGUCCUGUGUGCAAUAAAACGGCAUUGUUAGAAGGGCUGGAGGUGGACCAGUAUAUGUGGGGGAUCUUGAAUGCCAUUCAAAACUCCGAGUUGGAGGAGGUGACGAUUGACCCGACGUGCAGUUGGCGGCCGGUGGCCAUCAAGUCGGAGAUCCACAUCAAGGAGGACCCGGACGCUCCACUGGCCAAGCGCUUCAAAACCAUGAGCCCCAGCCAGAUGAUCAUGCCCAACGUGACCGACAUGAUCGCCCAGCUCGGACCCGGACCCUCGCCGUACUCCUCGCAGCAGGCCUCCAACAACGGUGAAUACGCCUCCCAAGGCAAUAGUUACCACGGCAACUUUGAGUUCCCGCACGGAACGCCGGGCGCGACGUCCGUCAAUGACUUUGUGCACGGGCCACAACUGUCGCACCCGCCCGACAUGCCCAGCAACCUGAUGAGCACCGACAAGCCUCUUUCUCACGCCUUGCCCGACUCGAUACCUCACCCAUCCGUCAACGAGCCAUCUCAUAGCACGCUGCAGCAAAGCAUACACGGGUCGCCGCAUCCGGGCGGCCAAUCGGGGCAGCAGCAGCAGCAGCUCCACCACGGCGGACAGCCGCCCCCAUCGCGGCAACCCCCGCAGCCCCCUCCGUCAUCUCAGCAGCAGCAGCAGCAGCAGUCCGGUCCAAACAGCCACCCCCAUAGCGACCUGAGCUUCAACACCCCCAGCAGUUUGGACAGCCAAGCAGGCUCGGACAUGCCAGAACCUUCUUUAGACCUUCUUCCUGAGCUGGCCAACCCGGACGAGCUGUUGUCCUACUUGGACCCCCCGGACCUCCCCAGCAAUAGCAACGACGACCUCCUGUCGCUCUUUGAAAACAAUUGACCAGGCUGCACAUGGACUGAAAGAAGGAAAAAAAAAAAAAAGCCCCAAAGGCUCCGUACUUGACAAAAACAACAAAGAUGCACUCCCCUUCUCUUCUUCCUCUUGUACAGUUUUGCUUCAGAAAGGACAUUAAAAAAAAAAAACACCUCAAUGGGAGGCGACUCGAACUGUGCAGCUAUUUUUGACUCGUCCACUUUGUAGCAUUCAUCAUCAUCAUCAUCAUCAUCGGAAAUGUACACACCCCUCAUUUCAAAAGCACAUCAUUCAUUUCUCCCUUCCAAAUUCAAAAAUUCUCCAAAAGUGAAGGGCUAAAGAUAUCUUCCGGAAAGUAUUAGCAGUGCUCCGGGUUUCAGUUUUUCAGGUUUGUCCCCACCCUGCCCCCAUUUUCAGUUUUUGUAUUCAUUUCAGGUAGCCAUAAAUACAAAGUAAAGCGUCGACACGAGAUUUAAUAACUUCACAGUUUCCUGUAUUAUGGUGCUCCACAAUCUUCAAGUUGCAGUGGCCCUCAGUCUCCUCCUGGAUCACGUGAGUGUCCUUAUCGCGGAGAAGCCGGUUACGUCAGAUACUAGUUCUCGGCCACUGUCCUCUCACUUUUUUUAGUCACGUAAACUGCCAAAUUUAUCCAGGUUCUUAAUCAUUUAACGCUUACAAAAUCACUUUUUGUAAUAUUCCCUUCCAUCUAAAAUGAAUAUCAAAAUGGAUCAUUCGCAACGUAGUUGAUGAAAUGCCCAUUCCUUCUCUCGCUGUCAGCAUUGACGAUGAUGUGCAGUGUGCCAAGCUGAAAAUCUGCUGCUGAAAUCGCUCGGUGCACCAAUUGACUGGAUUUUUAUUUGUUUGUCUGUCUCUAGCUAAUUGAAGCAUAUAACACAUUUUGGUAAACUGCUCACCAAAGUCGGAAGGGCGGGAAUGAAAUGACGAAUGCGUGCGUGCGCGUGUGCACAAGGCUCAAGUUGAUCCACGGCAAGUAUUUGUGGCGCUUUUCCUUGACUGUCUGUUGGAAGCGGAAGAGUGCUGUUCAAGUAUGCAAAUGUAUUUUUUUCUAAGAAAGGCUAUUGUGGCUGUAAAUAUUGUGGAUAUUUUUCUAUCACGAUGAUGAAACGAAACAACAAAUUUGAAAGUCGUCCCUCUUGGUCCUCAAACGUUAUAUAAGUUAUUUCCUGUCUGUUUGCCCCCUACAGCAACAUUAAUCUUUAUUUGUAUUUUUUUUUAACCAGCAGAAGCCUGUUUUUGUUUUGUUAUUUUUGUAUUUUCUGGUAUUCAGUGUAAUCACAAACUACAGUGGUAUAUUAAAGAUGUCAGACUAUAUUUGAAAGAAAUAUUUUAAAACAUCGUCCUUUAAAAAAAACAGGUAAGAUAUUAUUUCUGUCAUAAAAACAAGUUGGAGGGUUGUGGCCAUAACCAAGUCAUCUUCUUGCCCCCCCCCCCUUUUUUUUGUGGUAAUUUAUUUCAACGCUUAUUAAAACAUAUUUUUUUCUGUAAGGGGAGAAAUCGGUUGUCUCUCACUGUAGCCUGACUUUAAUUAUUGCUCUCAUGAAAUUUCUGCGUUGCCUGUGUUUCUUUUUAAUGUAUUUUUCUUUUUUAUUCUUCAUCUGUAAUUCUAGAAAUUCAAUAUCUCACUGUAGUCUGUUCAUUAUUAUUAUCAUCACAAUUUUUGUUGCAAUAUAAAUUUCCCCUCCCCUUUUUUGGGUAAUUUAUUUUGUACUUUUUUUUUACGUGCUUGCUGGCUUUCAAUGUAAUGUGAAUAUCAUUGUUGUUUAUACGCUGGUAUUUUAAAGAGCAUAUUUUAAAGAAAUACAUGGUAUUGUUUAUAUUCUUUGACAUAAAAAAACUUUUUACUAUCUACAUUUCACCCCUUUAUUCUUUUUCUUUGUAAUUUAUUUUUUUAAAACUUUUUUUAUUCUUCUGUAACACGAGAAACCAAUUGUCUCUCACUGUAGCCUCCCUACACUUUCUUUUAAGAUGUCAUUUAAAUCACUUCUUCCAGUUCAGCACACUGACAAAAAAUGACGAUACACUGCCACGUUUUAUUUUUAUUUUUUUAUGUAUGUAUAUGUAUACUGUUUGAAUUGAGCCGUUCAUGUUUAUUUCUUGCAUACAGGUGAGCCACUUUUGUGUACCCUCAAUCUGUAAUUGCACAAUCACAUCAAAGGGUCUUGUUUUUAAAAAGAAGAAGAAUAACAAAGACAUAAAAAUGAAGCAUGGAAGGCCUGGAAAUGAUGUCCAGGGCAAAGCGAAGCCACGUGUCCUAAGGAUGUCUGUAUAUAUGUAAAUGAAUAUAGAGACAUGUGAACAGAAAUGUAUUCAUACAUCCCUGGGAAUGUGCAUUGUUUCCUCAGAAUAAUAAAAAAAGCUUGCAACCGCUGUA